AAAGGUACUCAUGUAUACCACAUUGUUAGAAUGCAAGUAAAAAUACUUGCACGUGGUGCACAACUCGUUAAAGUAGGCGGAAGAGUUGUGUAUUCCACAUGUUCAUUUAAUCCUGUAGAAAAUGAAGCAGUCGUUGCAGAAGUUCUAAGACGUUGUAAAGGCAGUCUGAGACUUGUAGAUGUAUCAGAACAACUACCAUUGCUCAAACGUGCUCCCGGAUUAAGUACGUGGAAAGUUAUGAAUAAAGUCGGUAGAUUCUUAGACAAGUGGGAAGACGCCCAUCCAUCUUAUCGCGGGAAAUUUGAAAGAUCUCUUUGGCCUCCCCCAAACGUUGAUGAACUUCACUUGGAUCGAUG